AGGCGUGCCAUGAUGGCUGCUCUCUCUGAAGCAACCAACACCUUUACCUUGAAUGUUUUCAAAAAAAUCAGUGAAGAAGAUACCUCACAGAAUGUGUUUUAUUCUCCCCUGAGUCUCUACUGUGCCCUGGCUAUGGUCUUAGAUGGGGCCAAAGGAAAUACUGCUGCACAGAUACAACAGGUUCUUUCUUUAAACAAAGGUACAGAUGUGCACCAAAGUUUCCAGUCUUUUCUUGCAGAAGCUAAUAAAUCUGGUAGUCAAUGCCUGCUGAGAAUUGCCAACCGACUCUUUGGAGAAAAGACUCGUGAUUUUAUCCCAUCUUUUAAGGAAUCCUGUCAGAGAUUCUACCAUUCAGAUAUGGAAGAACUUGACUUUGCAAAUGCUCCUGAGGAAGCAAGAAAACAUAUAAAUAAGUGGGUAGAAGAAAAGACAGAAGGUAAGAUUACAGAACUUCUAGCUAAUGAUUCCAUUAAUUCAAUGACCUCUCUGGUACUCGUGAAUGCCAUCUAUUUCAAAGGAAAAUGGGAGAAACAAUUUGAUGAAGGCAAGACAACAGAAAAGAUGUUCAAAAUCAGCAAAGAGAAGCAGAUACCAGUACAAAUGAUGUUUCAGAAAUCUACAUUUAGUAUGACCUACAUAGGAGAAGUGUUUACCAAGAUCCUAGUUCUUCCUUAUGUUGGAGGACAAAUGGACAUGGUCAUUUUGCUUCCAGACGAGAGAACAGAUCUAAAAACGUUGGGAAAAGGACUUACUUCUGAGAAAUUAGCAGAUUGGUUAAAUCCAGAGAUGAUGGAUGAAACUGAGGUGGAAGUUUUCCUUCCCAGAUUUAAAUUGGAGGAAAAUUUAGACAUGGAAUUCAUUCUUCGAAAAUUGGGAAUGUCAGAUGCCUUUGAUGGAUCCAUGGCUGAUUUUUCUGGGAUGUCAGCCGGGAAUGACCUCUAUCUAUCCAAGGUUAUACACAAAGCUUUUGUGGAAGUUAAUGAAGAAGGCACAGAAGCAUCCUCUGCCACUGCAGCUGUCAUGAUGAAGCGAUGUGCAAGAUUUACUCCACAGUUCUUGGUUGAUCGUCCUUUCCUUUUUCUCAUCCGAGAUAACAGCUCAAAAAACAUUUUGUUUUUGGGCAAAGUGAUCUCUCCAUAAAGAGAUCAUUUAUUCUUGAUGGAGUC